GAUCCUGGGCCCCCCGACCGGGCGCCGGGCCCUCCGCUUAGCCCGUCGGGGCCUCCCCCGCCCUGCGAGCCCUUAUAAAGACUGCCAGGCCAUCAUGAAGGUUCUUUUACUGAAAGAUCCUAAGGAAGAUGACUGUGGCCAGGACCCAUAUGUCAGGGAAUUAGGAUUAUAUGGACUUGAAGCCACUUUGAUCCCUGUUUUAUCAUUUGAGUUUUUGUCUCUUCCUAGUUUCUCUGAGAAGCUGUCUCAUCCUGAGAGUUACGGAGGACUCAUUUUUACCAGCCCCAGAGCGGUGGAAGCAACAGAGCUGUGUUUGGAGAAAGACAAUAAAACAGAAGGUGAGGUCUGGGAAAAAUCUCUGAAAGAAAAAUGGAAUGCUAAGUCAGUGUAUGUGGUUGGAAAUACCACUGCUUCUCUAGUGAGUAAAAUUGGCCUGGAUGCAGAAGGAGAAAACUGUGGAAAUGCAGACAAACUUGCAGAAUAUAUUUGUUCCAGGGAGUCGUCAGCACUGCCUCUUCUCUUUCCCUGUGGGAGCCUCAAAAGAGAAGUCCUGCCGAAAAUGCUCCAGGACAAAGGGAUUCCCAUGGAAAGCGUGACAGUCUAUCAGACAUUCCCACACCCGGGAAUCCAAGGGAACCUGAAGAGCUACUAUUCCCAGCAGGGCGUUCCAGCCAGCAUCUCCUUUUUCAGUCCCUCUGGUGUUGCAUAUGGUCUCAAGCAUAUUCAGGAGCUCUCUGGGGAUAGUAUUGAGCAAAUUAAGUUUGCAGCCAUCGGCCCCACCACGGCUCGCGCGCUGGCCGCCCAGGGCCUGCCUGUGAGCUGCACUGCAGAGAGCCCCACGCCACAAGCUCUGGCUGCUGGCCUCAGGAAGGUGCUUCAGCCUCUGCCCUGCUGCUGAGUCCGCCUUCCUGGGCUGGGCUCCUCCUCCAGGGUGGAACCAGGCACCAGCCAGGGGCUCUUGGGCUGCCACGGCCACGCUGCU